AUGUCCGAAAAAGUGAAGGAUGCUGUGGCCGCCGAGGCGAAGACCACCCGGAUACUUGUUCAAGAAAUAGUGAUGUCCGGCGCAUACCUAUAUCCGUUCAAGGGAAUCUUUUUCUUCGCGACCCACAAAGAUCUAUGGCGCCCUUUCAUCGCCCGCGCCGGGCGCACGAUCACCCUCGGAGUGGGGGUAACGAGUGCGAUGUUCUUCUUCACAUACGUGCCGCAGAUGGCUAUCAUGGCUUUCACCAACGGCCCGCUAGCCGCUAUUUCGGCAGCCAUUUUAGUCCUCAGCGAAAGCUCCGCCAUUACUAAUGUCUUGUCGCGAUCAUUCCUCGUCGAGGACGCUCUGAUCGACACCUUCGACGGUACCCUCGUCGCCCGUGACCAGGAGCCUCUUGUCGCCCAAGGUCGCGAAAUCAAAUCACGAUCAGGCGGACGAGAUGCGAUGGCGAGACUCGGAAAGAUAUUCACUCGACCUUUGGCGAGGAUGCAUCCACGAGCGCUGCUGCGGGCCCUGAUCAUCCUACCCUUGAACCUCAUCCCCGUUGUCGGAACCGCGUUGUAUGUUUUCGUGCAAGGAAAGAGGGCGGGGCCUGGAUUCCAUGCGAGAUAUUUCCAGCUCAAAGGGUGGAACUCUACGCAGCGUGAGGAGUGGGUCAACAACAACCGGGCUGCGUAUACUGGACUUGGCAUGGCUGCGUUCCUCCUGGAAAUGGUACCAUUCGCGUCAAUGGUCUUCUCAUUUACCAAUACCGUCGGUGCAGCAUUAUGGGCUGCUGAUUUGGAGAAAGCAACGAAGUAA